UUCAUUCCACGAGACUUGGCAGCAGUCGGCAACUCCUGAUUGGCGAAAAAGCUUCCUCCAAUUUUUCGUUUAAAUAGAUUAAAAAAAGAGGUAAUUUUCACUCUCCGGUACCCCGAUAACCGAACAAAAGCCGUAGUCCAGCGAGAUCGACUCCUCAGGAACUCCUUAUUCUCCAAAAAAGAAAUCUCUCCUCAUCCAGGAGACGAAGGGAUCUCCAUAGCAUUGGGUGAAAUCAAGUGCUUUACGAUCGGGCGUUUUUUAAUUUUCCAACGCUUUCUGGUGAGGGAAAAACCGUAGGACACUGGCUGAAUGCUGGUUUUAAAAGGGCACACCGAGUAAUAUGGGAGCAGAAAGAGGUGGGAAGACACAGAGCUGGGAUUAAGAGAAUGCAAAUUACGACGUGCAGAAAAUAACACCAGACCCCCAGGAGUUGAGAGAUUACAUUUUGGGGAUACCACUGGGAAACGGAAUGGAGGUGAAUAUUUUUAUUCUUCUGCUCGGAUUUUUUGGGGUUUUUCUUCGAUUUUAUUCGGCACAGGGCGUCAGGAGAUCUCCGGCAUUGAAAUUUCAGGUGGAUGAUGAUUCCAACAGUCCGGCGUUGAACAGCUUCCUGGAGAAUGUACUUCGUGCUAAGGAUGAAUUAAAAUCAAUCGACAGAACUGUAAAUUCUGGUGGACACUGGGGACGGAGUACCAAGAGACGGCUACUAUGGUCGCAGCGGCCCAGGAGACUAGCUGCGAUAAGAGAUUAUGGCAGUGAUAAAGAUGCUGAUGGAAUUGGGGAUAGGAGUGCAGCAAAUGAGGGGGAUAUUGAGACGAUUCUCGGAGAGUUGGGAUUCUCCGGUGAAAACUCACCAGUCAGGAGUAUUGGGAAGAAUGAGAGGGUUGAAAGGAGACGUUAUCCAAUUUCCGAUUUAACUGGUAGUGGUAUCAUCGAGUACUAUGAUUACGAGGGAGAUGUGGGAAAACGAGACUCGAUGAAUUCUAUCAAUGCCAGUGGUAUUGCUACUCCAGCGAGUGAUCACUUGGAGACGAUGAAGAAAUUCGUGGGGAUUUCCUCAGGUAAUGGGACGGAGGGUACAACCCUUCCGUAUCCUCGACAGGAAUUUCUCAGCGAUGAGGUACAUCCUGGUGAGGAGAGAAAAUUUAUUGUUGACCUCGAUGACCAUGUGGAUGAGAAUCGAGAGGACAGGGACAUGGAGAUAUCCAACGAUCUGGAUACUCUUGGACGUGAGGCACGAUGUCACAGGGAAGAAGAUAACGGCGACAACGGAAUGCUCUUUCAUUCCCAUUUUCUGGAGAUUCAGGAGUUCGAGAUUAUUCCAGCUAGGGCGAGUGGAUCGGGCGAGCCAAACAUACGAUCCCCGAAGGCCUCAAAACCCGGUCAGACAUUCUUCAUUAUAUCACCAGUCAACUCCCCGGAAGAGAAUGGUUCAUCGACAUCUGGAAGUGAUUACCAAGCCCUGAAAGUCACAGACGAUAUGUUCAAGGGUGGAGUUGAGCAGGGAAAUUCCCCGGAUGACUCCAGCAUUCAUUUUCCCGACAGAAAUCAAAUUCAGAAUGACAAACACUGGAAAUUACUCCAGGAUUUGAUUCAACAGGAGGGGGACGAGGACUCGAAAAAUGGGGAGAGCCUUGAAGUAAUUCCCAGUAACAAAGCCCACCCCAUCGAAAUUCACCGCGAGUCCACGAAUAAAGAGGCAGCAGACACAUCGGGACUGAAGAUCUCCAGGAGGAAACGAACCAACGGAGUUGGGCCCAUAAUGCAUCGUGAAUCGGUGGAGCCUUUGGAGGUGUCCUGGGAAGGCUAUGGCGAGGAAAAUCGGAUGGGCCUUGGCAGAGAACUCAUGCAGGCAACUGAGGAUAGCUGUGGACUCUUGACGUGCGAGACGACAUCGUCCCGUGAUUUUUCGAGAAGUGCAACCAGACACCGUGACAUUAACCAGGAUUUCAAAGAAAUCUGGCGUUCAAGGGGACUCAGCUAUCUCCAUGGGAAGAGCCCGCACUUCCACAAGGGGAAACGACGGUUUAUUAAAAAAAUACCGAGUCUGUUUCGUACAUUGGGGAGAGGAAAGCGAGAUAUGGAUGAGCACUCGAGGAAUGAUCACAUGGGGAUCGUCAUCGGGGAUGUAGCUGGAAAAAUAGUUGAUAAGAUUUUUGAACAAGUGGAAAAUAAUGAGCCCCUGAAGAUGAAUCUGGGUCCGGGUUUAAAUCGCCACUCAAAGCCGGGGAUUCAUUCGCCAGGGGAGGUGCUCUCACCUAGUGAUCCAGAAGAGGUAAAACGUACCGAGGAGAUAAUGCGGAAGGUCAUGGAGCUCUUGGGUCAUCUCGUGUCUGAUGAAGUCGACCAUAAGACUUGCAGAAAGUUACCGCCGCAUUUGCAUGAAUUUUUGGUGUGGAUGGUGAGGGAUGAGGAGUUACGCGAGCCCCAGAGGACAACAGCUGUUGUUUAUUCGAAGGCGAAAGAGAGUCUUAAGCCCGAGAAAUUUCCAAGCAGUCAACGGCCCGAGACCCAGACUCCACUGCCUUCUGAUCUUUACAGAAAAGUCAGAUUGCUGAAAGGCCUGAUAAAAGAGUAUUUCACACUGAGCGAAAAGGAACAGACGAAGGUCCAGGCUGUGCACGAUUACCUGGAGAGACAAUUGCACUCACUCCUGAAAUUCAUCGAAUCAAAGGAUAAAGCAAAGCCUCAAUUGCCCAUACCCACGAAAAAACGCUCAACCAUUGCCCUCCACUCCCGACUCCACGGAGAUGACGAUGAAUUGCAGAAUUUUCCCUUGAAACCCGAGGGCUGGACCCGACGACGAAGGCAAGUGGUAAAAAAGCUAAAGAUGAAAAAACACAGGAGUCAUAAUCCAAGGAAAAACAAUCACCCUAAAAAAUCUCACAAUCGGCGAGUCCAUUCCCGGUGGAAACGAUCAAUGCCACCGGUUAAUUACUUGCCCUGGGAGGUGCCUAGAAUUUUUAAUGGCAAUUUAAAGUUCUUGAGUAAUUCGUCUUCAACGGGUGAUGAAGCUCUGAGGAUUCUGUUCGAAGGGACACGACCUAGUGAAUCUGAUGGAUCCACUAAAUCUUCUACGAGAUCCUCCACGCCCGGUACGUCUCCCAAAACAAUUGGCACAGCCCCAAAAAUUCAUCCCCCUGAAUUGAUAACUACCGCAAAAACCACUGCUGUCUCGUUAACGCUCACUGAAAAUUCGGGCAAAGUUAAUAUUAUUGGAAAGGAAGGGGUCACAUCCCGCACUCUAAACAGUCUCGAGAGCAGAAUCAACGUCUUUCCAGUAUCUCCAUAAACUUCUUUCACAAUCUCCAUUCUCCAUAAUUAACUGGUUACCUA